CUAACACUUGGUGUCACUGUGGCUCGGCGCUUGUGCAUUUGGCACCAUUUUAUGUCACGUGCUUUUCUUUGACAAAACCAUUGUAUUAUUUUCAGACGAGCCAUUUAGUCGUAUUUGGGGUGUAUUGACUUCACAUAAUUUCAUCAUUCUGCAUUCUGCAGACAUUUAGAACGCACAUGUGUCGUUCUGGAGCACGGCGCACGGACCGUACGCGAUGAUACGACGUAUUUAAGAGGCUGUUCGUUGUUAACGACAAAUCAUGGAACAAAGAGGACGCUGUGCACGGACGGAUCGACAGCACUGGGCUGCUGUCGCGUUCAGCCUUUUGUGGAUUGGAGCUUCUGCACAAAUCCGAUAUUCGAUAUUUGAGGAAGUUCAAAAUGGAACUGUUGUUGGGAAUAUUGCAAAGGAUUUGGGACUGGAUCGGAUCACGCUCAGAGACAGAGGGUAUCGCAUUGUUGCAGGCUCGACUGAGCCGCUGUUUGCGCUGAAUCAAAAUGAUGGCAUCCUGUACGUGAGUAGAAGAAUAGACAGAGAGGAGGUGUGCGCACGGAGCAUUCCGUGCUUGAUUAAUCUGAAAACCCUAUUGGAGAACCCGUUGGAGAUUCAUUACGUGUCGGUGGAAAUACUUGAUAUAAAUGAUCAUUCGCCUGUUUUCCAAGAAAAGGAGAAAAAGCUCGAGAUUUCUGAGUCGGCUCUCCCGGGAGCGAGAUUUCAGCUGCCGCCUGCGCGCGACCCUGACGUAAGCCACUACUCCAUUCAGCAGUAUAAACUCAGCCAGAAUGAACAUUUUAGAGUAGAAGUCAAAGAUAGAGGUGAAGACCGCAAAGUGCCGUUUUUAGUACUACAGAAACAGUUGGACAGAGAAGUUUCCGGUAAAUACAGACUUCAUCUAACAGCCGUUGAUGGAGGAAAACCGGCAAAAUCUGGCGCUACAGAAAUAAUAGUAGACGUCAUCGAUGUUAAUGACAACUCUCCUGUGUUCACCAAAGAAUCUUAUACCGCCACAGUGCAGGAAAAUGUUCAGAUCGGAACUGUAGUGAUUCAAGUAAUUGCAACUGAUUUGGAUCAGGGUGCAAACGGUGAAAUAAUCUAUUCGUUUGGUAACGAGGUUGAUUUGAAAUUACUGGAUCUCUUCAGCAUAGACCGGCAAACGGGUGAAAUUCAAGUCACAGGUCUGAUAGAUUUUGAGAAAAGCAAAAGUUAUGAAAUUGACAUACAGGCCUCUGAUAAAGGACCUGUUCCUUUAACAGCUGGAAAAAGUGUGACGAUAACUGUCAGUGACGUUAAUGAUAACGCCCCAGAAAUAGAGGUGACGUCAUUUUCAAGAUUAAUCCAAGAGGACUGCAAAUUGGGAACUACAGUGGCCCUGAUUAGUGUCAGUGAUUUAGACUCUGGCAUUAAUGCUAAAGUAAUUUGCUCAAUUAAACAAGAUGUUCCAUUUGCGUUACUUCCAUCAAUACAAGAGAACAUGUACACAGUCAUUACCAAGUCUCACUUGGACAGAGAAAUUAUUUCUCAGUAUGAUAUCACAAUCACUGCCAAAGACGCAGGUGAGCCUGCAUUUUCAACUGAAAAGACUAUAAAAGUUGUAUUAUCAGAUGUAAAUGAUAACAGUCCAGAGUUUUUAUUAAGCCGCUACAUGUUUUAUGUCAGUGAAAAUAACGUGCCCGGGGUAUCUAUGUUUUCAGUCAAAGCCACUGAUUGUGAUGAUGGUGACAAUGCAAUCAUAAUGUACAGUAUUUUGAGAGACUCAACUGGAGAUGAGAAACUGUCAUCAUUUUUAAGCAUAAACUCUGAUAACGGACACAUUUCAGCACUAAAAAGUUUUGACUUUGAGACCCUGAAAAGUUUCCAGUUCCAAGUUGUGGCCACAGAUUGUGGAACUCCAUCACUGAGCAGCAACGUGACAGUGAACAUGUUCAUUCUGGAUCAGAACGACAACCCCCCAGUCAUCCUGUAUCCAGUCAGUGGUAACGGUUCUGCUGAAGGUGUGGAGGAGAUUCCCCGAAAUGUGAACGCAGGUCACUUGGUGACUAAAGUCAGAGCCUAUGACGCUGAUAUAGGAUAUAAUGGCUGGUUACUGUUUUCACUGCAGGAGCUUACUGACCACAGUCUGUUUGCUUUGGACCGCUAUACAGGACAGAUCAGAACACUUCGCUCAUUCACAGAGACAGAUGAGGCUGAGCAUAAACUGGUUAUACUGGUCAAAGACAAUGGGAACGUUUCACUCUCAGCAACAGCUACUGUGACUGUCAAACUUGUCGAGCCCAAAGAGGCUUUUGCAACUUCUGAUGUUAAAGGUUCAGCAAAAGAUGAAGAGGACAAUAAUGUGACUUUUAUCUCGUGAUCACUUUGGGCUCAGUUUCCACACUUUUCCUCAUCAGUAUCAUCGUGCUGAUUGCCAUGCAGUGCUCCAAAACCACAGACUACUCCUCCAAGUAUUUGCAAGA